CUAAACGCAGUAAAGCUUUUGGAAAUAUAACGUCUCUCCCGUAGCUUAGACCUCUAUUCCUUCUUUUGAGAAAGGAAACCGAAUGAGAAGAGUUUCUUUUAGUUUCUCUCUGAAUUUGAGGAAAAUACAUGUUUGUCAAAACGGUGUCAGAUCUAUGCUUACACCUAGCGGCCAAUAUAUGAACUAGAUGGCGUUGCCAUACGAUGGCGCCAACCGCACGUUGACUUGUGAAAGCAAAUCUUUGUCCAUUAAAAAUUAUACUCGAAGUGCUUCUGACUGUUGACAAUCCACAUUGAUUACUUGGAAAGGCUAACUGACCUUCAUCAUGCCUCCCAAAAGUCCCAGAACUGCACAAGUUAAAGGAGACAUUCGAAACUUUUUCACGUCGAUCUCCUCAAAAACAUCCACGUCCAAAUCACCUGGAUCUGCUCCAGCUUCAAAGGAAGAAGAUGGUGGCAAGAGGAAGAAGAAGGCUAUGGUUCUUGUUGACUCUACAGAUUCAGAAUCAGAAGCACCGUCUCGGUCAUCUGUGUCCACCAAGAAGUCAAAAUUGGAUGAAAAACCAAAGAAGGAAAGUGCUGCCACCACAAAACCCAAAAUGAAAACUUCGAUACCUGAAACCCCACUGCAACCUGUUGACAUCAGCUCAGUGUUUGGCAGUAAGCCUAUCAAAAGGGAAGUCCCAGAGAAAAGGAAACGAACAGUCAUUGAAGACCAUGAUGAUGAAGAUUUUGAAGCCACUCUGCAGCAGUUGGAUGAAGCCCCAUUAACUAAAAAAUCAAAAGUACUUGAAAAUAGUACAAGCACAAAGAGAAAACCUGAUUCUCCAGCAAAAAAGGAAAAAACCAAGUCUCCUGUGAAAGAGGGGAAAUCCAAGUCUCCUGCAAAAGAGGAGAAGAACAAACCGUCUGCUAGUCCUCCUUCCAGAAAUGGGAAAAAGUCUUCAAAAGAAUCGACGAGAGUAGAAAUGAAAAAGGAAACGGUAUCAGACAAGAAGAGGAAAACUCGCGAUGAAGCAGCAACUCCAAAAAAGAACACCCCUACAAAGGAUGUCAAACAAAGUGAAGGAAGAGACAAAAGAUCCAAAAAAGAGCUUGAAGAAUUUGACUCUAAUUCAAAUGAAACUUCACCACCAAAGUCAAACAAAAAGAUUAAGCCAGAGCCAACAGUCGUCAAAGAAACUCCCAAAAAAAGAUCUGCAAGUCAAGAUGAUGAUCCAGAUGUCAUAGACUCACCGGCCUUCGAUGCAAUCGAAAAACGGAAAGAAAAAGCUGAAAAUUACAAGAGAUUCCUGGCAUCUCGUAGAGAUGGGGGAGCGAAAAAUCCCGGCAGUAAACCUAUACCAGAGGGAGCUCCUGGAUGUCUGACGGGAUUGACCAUUGUCGUUACGGGCGUUUUGGAAUCCUUACAUCGUGAAGAGGCCGAAGGGCUUGUCAAGAAAUAUGGCGGCAAAGCGCCUAAAGCUGUCAGCAAGAAUACGUCAUAUCUAUUGGCCGGAGAUGAUGCGGGUCCCUCUAAGCUGGCGAAAGCUCAAAGUAUGAACGUGCCCAUCAUCAGCGAAGACGAUUUUCUGAAAAUGAUUGGCACGAGGAAAGCGGCUCAAGGUUUAAGUUCUCCGGCCGCCAAAAAAGGACCCACUACACCGAAGAGUGUCCAUAAAGCCACGACGUCCAAAAACAUUAAAUCGGAACCAGAGCCUCUCAUAACUAGUGUUGCUACUCCAACCAAAAAAAGAUCACCUGAAACCAAGAAAAUCGAUUCGAAACCAAAGGCUAGUAGCAGCACUACUCCAUCCAAGAAGGUGGAAGCCGAUCGCAAGCAGUCAGAUGAAAGUGAAGGAAAGGAUGAAGUCAAACUGCCUUGGGUCGACAAAUACAAACCAACCAACUUGAAACAAGUGAUAGGAAUGCACGGAGACCGGAGCAUUGCUAAAAAACUGCUUUACUGGUUGAAAAGCUGGUACGAUAACCGCAGUAGUAGCAAGAAACUCACCAAACCUAGUCCCUGGUCGACCAAUGACGAUGGAGCCUACUUCAAAGCCGCUUUACUCUCCGGCUCACCUGGCAUUGGAAAACUAACGACCGCCCAUCUGACGGCCAAGGAGCUAGGCUACGAUAUUGUUGAAAUGAACGCGUCGGAUACGCGUAGCAAACGUCUGCUGCACGAGCACGUGCAGGAACUGAUGUCAUCUCAAUCGUUGGCGACGUACGCUCACGGUUCAGCACAGAUUCAAGGUGGCCGCAAGCGAGUGCUCAUCAUGGACGAAGUGGAUGGCAUGGCGGGUAAUGAGGACCGCGGCGGUGUCCAGGAACUGAUUGGUCUGAUCAAAACAUCGAAAAUCCCAGUGAUUUGCAUAUGCAAUGACCGCCAGCAUCCGAAAAUCCGGAGCUUGGCCAAUUAUUGUUAUGAUCUCAAAUUCAGUAAGCCGAGGCUGGAGCAAAUUCGAGGCGCCAUGAUGAGCAUUUGCUAUAAGGAAGGCAUCAGCUUGAAACCUGAAGCUCUCGAUGAGAUCAUCAUAGGGGCCAAUCAGGAUGUCCGCCAAAUUCUCCACCACUUGUCGAUGCUGGCCUCCGACAAGAGCGUGUCCAACGAGAAGGCCAAACUAGAAGCGUCCAAGAGCAAAAAGGACAUGAAAUUGGGUCCUUGGGAAGUCGUCAAGAAAGUAUUCUCCGCCGAAGAGCAUCGCGGAAUGAGCAUCCAUGACAAGACGGGCCUCUUCUUUCAAGAUUACAGUUUCGGUCCGUUGUUUGUCCAGGAGAAUUACCCGUACGUGGUGCCUCAUGCGGCUAAAGGCAACGCUAUCAAGACGUUGGACCUGUUAGGACGUACGGCUCACUGCAUGUCUCAGACGGACCUGAUUGAAAAGGUUAUCCGCUCGCAGAAUGCGUGGAGUCUGCUGCCCGUCGAAGCUGUUUUUGCCAGCGUCGUGCCCGGUCAGCUGAUGGAAGGUUUCAUCAGUUCUCAGGUCGCGUUUCCCAGCUGGUUGGGCAAGAAUUCCCGUACUAACAAAAUGGACCGUCUGUUGCAAGAGCUUCAGAUGCACAUGCGCCUUAAAAUCUGCGGAUCGAAGCGGGCCGUCAACCUGGACUACCUACCACACGUUCUCAACUCGAUCGUCGGACCUUUGAAGCGAUCGGGAGCCGACGGGGUCGCUGAGGCUAUCAGCGCCAUGGAAAGUUAUGAUCUGAUGAGAGAGGAUCUCGACUCGCUCCUUGAGCUCGCUCAAUGGCCUCACAAACCCGACAUCAUGGCCGGAAUCGAAGGUAAAGUGAAGGCGGCCUUUACUCGAGCCUACAACAAGGAGGGCCACAUGACGCCGUAUGCCGUCGUCCAAGUGAAGAAAGGACGAUCGAAAGACACAGCCGAUGAUCAAGAAGCCCUCGUAGAUGAGGAGGGAUUGGCCGAGGAGGACGACGAUGAGGAACAGAGCGAAAUCCAUCGCUUGGACGCGAUGAUCAAAGUGAAGAAGGAAACGAAAAAGACGGCCGCAGCAGCAGUAACGGGUAAGAAAAAAGCUCCAUCUGCCACCAGAGGUCGAGGUGGAGGCAGUCGAGGAGGACGCAAGAAAGCUGCUGAAUAAUUGACCGUGUGUUCUUUGCGCCAGUGAGAACUCGGCUGUGUGUUUUUUGGCGGAGGGGGAGGGAGGAAGAGAGAGAGAGACUGCUACUGCUGGCAUAUUGCAUCCUUAAUGAAACUUGGCUCUCAAUCUAAUGGGACGCAGAUGGGGGGAAACACACACACAAAACUUAACCAUUACUCUCCAGAGGGAGUAGCAGGGGGGUCUCUCUCUCUCAUAGCAAAAGACUAUUUGCUGCUUUUGGGGGGGAUGAGUUAGGAAAUAACGGGGGAGAGGAGAUUACGCAGCACACGGGCUGUUAAAAAGACGAGGCUAACGCUAGACUCGCCCCCCCUUUCCUACUAUAUUUUAUAGUUGGCUGUUGAUUGGGUCAAUACCUUUCUACCGUCGUGUGUCCCGUGCCUUUUGUUUCGAUUUUUUUUCAGUUGGAAUUGUAGAUGGCGAAAUUAAGAGCCUCGUAGUAGAAAUUUCAUGGAAUCAUUGGCUCUAAUUUUCCAUUUUCUUUUUGUUUUCAUAAUGUUGUAAAAUAAUGAGCUGAACAAACAACAAGUUUUCCUUUUGCAUUAACGUAUGUAAAGCCGCGUGACGAAGCGUUUUAGACUGAACAUUAUUCAACAUUUAAAACGUUUUCAUGGAACCCUGUCUAGAACUGUAUUGUGAUCUUGUUUUUGUACUAUUUCGUCUGGAAUAAUAUUCCAAACGAAAUAUAUAAAAAAAAAAAACAAGGCGAGAAAAGGUAUUAAUGUCACAUAUCGGCUCUCAGAUGUGCUUCAUCGCAACGCCUGGCUUGCAUAUUGCAUCGUGAGUACAGUGGGUGUGUACGCGACAGUCCUAAAGUAUUAUAUUAUACAACAUAUAUCUACGGAAUGUAGCAAUCCCCCCCCCCUUUUUUUUCUUCUUCCUCUGAUGCUCAUAUCCCGAAAGAAAGAAGAAGAAGAAAAAAAGGCAGCACAGGAAGCAUUUGAAUUUAUGGAACUCUUUCUGGUGACGUGGGAGGAGAUCUAAGCAAACAAAACACGGUAUAUAAUGAUAUAGUAUAUAAAGUUCUAUCUACGCACACGGAAUUCGAGAGAGAGAGAGA